GUGCUCACGUGGUCUCUUUGUUUACAAUUUCAACAUUUUCAUGGAGGCUGUGUAGUUGAGUUUGAGGGGCUGAAACGUUACUUUCCCCUCAGUUUUAGAGCUCAUAAUCUCUGUCACUGUGUGCCUUGUGAUAUUCAGCGUGAGAAGACGAUUAGUGUUCGUCGUGCUGAGUGUUAAAUCCUGCCAGAAUCUUGUAGUAAAGUUGGGGUGUUUAUUCAAUGGAUUCAGAGUGAUUUCUUUGUUUGCUUCUGGCAAAAUAUCUGCCUUAUCUCGCCACUGAAAAUUGAUAAGCCAGACAUUCAGGGUCUGCGGAGAACACCGAAUUUUCAGUCCGCUUCAAAAGCAACUCGGCAAUGUCGUGGUGAGGAGUCAAUUUUCCGAAGCAUUCGCUGACAGUGCAUUUCUCCAGCAUUACUCACCAAAAGUGCCUCGAGUGACCAUGGAUGUCGUGGUUGUGAAGCCUACCAAUAUCGCCAUGAGCCAGGAUCACACGAAGAUCCUGGCCAUGUUCGUCCUGGGCGCGGGCAGCUUCUUCAUCGGCAUGGUACCUGCUUGGCUGUCGCGUCGCCAGCAACGAAAUUAUCCCCUGCUCAUCUCUGUGCUGCUCUGCUUCGGCGCCGGCAUCCUCCUGGCCACAUCCCUGGUGCACAUGCUACCAGAAGUGCGCGAGAAGUUGCCACAGUACGCAGAGAUCAUCCUCUGCGCCGGAUUCUUCAUAGUCUACGUUGUGGAUGAGCUCGUGCACUUCUUCUGCGGCGAAGCGAUUCAGCACACGCACCAUCCAGUCGACGUGGAGAGCAGCGGUUCCCAGAGAAGCUCCGUUCCUAACUACCAGGCCACGGCGCCUGUGGAGUCGUCCGCUUUCGGCGCAGCUCCCUCCACGUCAUCCGAGACGCAGAGCCUCCUGCACAGGCCCUCGACGUCGACCGGGCACGAUUCCGGGGGCGCGCGCGAGUGCGCGCAUCGAGACGAAGUGGCCAACUCGAGGAUCUGCCACGUGAGUCACGCGGAGCCAUGCGAGGAGACGCUCACGGGACACUUGGGGCUCCUCUGCGCUCUCACGCUACACUCGCUCCUCGAGGGACUCGCCAUUGGGAUCCAGGACUCAGCUUCAAAGGUGAUCCUGCUGGUCGGCGCUGUGGCCGCGCACAAGUACGUCGUGGGCUUCUGCCUGGGCGUCGAGCUGAACGCCAACCUCCGAUCGACCGUGCGCUCGCACUUCUUCGCCAUCCUCAUCUUCGCCUUCGGGUCCGUGGCGGGCAUCGGGAUCGGAAUGGGCCUGGUGGACCUGCAGUCGUCCUGGACAGUGACGAGCGUGCCGAUUCUGCAGGGUCUGGCCGCCGGAACGCUGCUGUACGUGACUGUGUGCGAAGUGCUGCCCAGAGAGAAGGCGCGCUGGCACCAGAGACGCAGGGCUGCAGGCCUGGCGCAGUUCCUAGCCGUGCUCGUCGGCUUCGUGAUCUUAACAGCCAUGAACAUGUUCAUAACUGAAUGAGGAGCUUUUUGUCACUGUUAUGUGUUUUUUUUGUGUGUUUUAUGACAUGGCCAAAGGAAAAAAGCAUGAUCUGUUUUUAAAGCGCAAAUAAAUUCACUAUGAGAUAUCAUAAAUUUCAGUAGA